AUGAAUUCCUCUCAAAAAAGAAAACAGCCACCAGGAGCCAUAGCUCCACCUUUAAUCACAUCCCGUACCUUCAGAUCGAACACUGGCGGCAAUGUCCAGUGGUCAAGUCAUGCAUCCACUAUCCUUGAAGGCCCUCCCCAACCCUCGAUGUUCCCUGACCAGGCGAGAACUCCAUGUCAAACACAGACUCCUGUAGAAGCUGCCGACUCUGAGCAAACCACUGAUGAUGACUCCGGUCAUAUCAUUGCUGCCAUUGACAUGAAAGACGGUGGCACCGUAGGAUGUGCCUACUAUUCCGUCGAGGAAGAAAGGAUGUACUUGUUGGGCGACAGUCGAUCAGGAGGCAUGGAAGUCAUCAAUACUCUUCUUAUCCAGAUCAAACCGACCGUGAUACUGACGCCCCCUCGAGUGGAGAUUCUCAGUAUUCCUAGCCAGGGCCAAAACCUAGCCCAAGAGACGGAUUCAUCAUCAUAUCUACCUUACCAGAUAGAUGUUCGCCCUACGCAAGAGUUCAGCCACUCGAAUGCAGAAAAUAAGCUGGUUGCUCUGGAUUUAUCAACAUCUUACGAAAGUCGCAUUCGCUUCUUUGUCCCUCAGAGUGGCCUUACCGGUCCUGAGGAGGUCAACCCUGAGGACUUGGGCUUUUCACUUCAUGAAGGAAGACUCUUGCACCUAUCCAGUGCCAUUGAUAUGGAGAAUCCGGUGACAAUUGGCUGUGUAGGGGCUGUUCUUACACAUUUGCAGAAACGAAGAUCAAAAAUAUUGACUUCGGGGCCCACAGAGAUCAGUGCUUGUAGGGUUCGCUCGCUGGAGAUGUUCAGUUUGCAAGAUACCAUGUGGAUAGGUAGAGACACCUUCUCGUCACUUCAGAUCAUUCAGUCUGAGUCUCAUCCGAACAUGUUUAACCAAGGUCUAGGCACCAAGUCAUCUUCUGGUAAAGAAGGCCUUUCCAUAUUUGGUCUCUUCCGUCGCUUCUCUCAUACCCCACAUGGUAGAACCAAACUCAAGCAGAUGUUUCUGCGCCCAAGCCUAAACAUCGAAACUAUUCGACAACGCCAUGACUUCGUCAGCGUAUUUUCGCGACCUGAAAACUCAGAUGCCCUAGAUAAGUUGAUGAAGAGCCUGAAACAUAUCAUGAACCUGCGUCCAGUCAUGAUCAAUCUACAAAAAGGCAUCAACACAGGAAGUGCAAAGAUCACUGGCUUCAAAACUACUGUUUGGGCAAGACUGUUGGCAUUUGCAUUUUACUCCAUUGAUAUCCAUGAUACUUUGCAGCGAAUAUCAGGUGCAAACACAUUAUCUAUCGUGCCAAAGGCAAUCCGAGUCUUUGAAGCAGCACAGCUUCACAGAGUCGAUAUCGACAACUCAGAAGAGCAAGGCAGAACCGCUGUCAAGCAAGGCCGCGAUCGAGAUCUUGAUCGGAUGAAAGAUUUGUACGAUGGCUUGAACAGUCUCCUCAAGCAUGUGGCAAUUGAUAUUGCCAGCACAAUUCCAGAUAACCUGGACAUUGAUGUGAAUGUGAUCUAUUUCCCUCAGCUCGGGUUCAACAUCGCCAUUCCACUCAAUGAGAGAGGUGAAGCUACAUAUUCUGGCUCGAGUGACGACUGGGAUCUAGUUUUCAUUACGGAGACAAGGGCAUACUUCAAGGAUUUCCGAAUGAAGGAGCUGGAUGGGAAGCUUGGAGAUAUCUAUGGGCUAAUAUGUGAGAAGGAAAUCGAGAUUGUAUACGACUUGGCCCAGAAAGUACUUCAGUACGAAAACUUGCUUGUGGAGACAUCUGAUAUAUGCGGAGAACUGGAUAGUCUCCUCGCCCUCACACAAGCAGCAAUCUGUUACAAACUGGUUCGGCCGCGGAUGGUAACAGAAAAUGUUGUCAGGAUCAAGGGUGGUCGUCACAUGAUACAGGGACUGACUGUCCCAUCAUACGUUCCAAAUGAUACGCUGCUUGUAGGAGGAAUUAACAACCCAGAGAUCAUCACUUCUAGUGCACAGGCUAGCCAAAAUCCGAGCAUGUUGGUUCUGACUGGACCGAACUACUCCGGUAAGAGUGUCUACAUGAAGCAAGUUGCUCUCAUUGUUUACCUGGCACAAAUUGGAAGCUUCGUCCCUGCAGACAGCGCAGAGCUGGGUAUCACCGACAAGAUCUUGACAAAGAUACAUACUCAGGAGAGUGUCUCAAAGGUAUCAACGCCCCGUGAGGAAACUGUCACGAGUCACGCAAUCCGUCAAGAAACUGAUUGUAUACAGAUCCAAAGUACUUUCAUGAAUGAUCUGCAACAAAUUUCACUUUGCCUGAAGCAAGUCACUGGUCGAACUCUGAUCCUUAUCGAUGAGUUUGGUAAGGGAACAAACGAAGGUGAUGGCAUUGGACUUGCAUGCGGAAUACUGAACUAUCUAUUGAAUCUCGAAGAUGCCCCGAAGGUUAUUGCUGCCACACAUUUCCAUGAAAUCUUCGAGAAUGGAUUUCUUGCACUGCGGCCAAGGUUGCAACUGGGCCAUAUGGAGGUCAAAGUUUGCCCAGAGUCCCAGGAGUUGGAGGACCAAGUUAUUUAUCUUUACAACCUUCGCCCAGGUCGCAGCAGCAAGAGUUUCGGUACUAUAUGUGCUGCCAUCAACGGUAUUGAAGCAUCCAUAGUUGCCCGCGCAAACGAAAUUGCAUCACUUGCAGCCCGAGGCGAGAAUCUAAUUGCAGCAUGUGCCAUCCUAUCCGCUGAAGAGAUGAAGACACUGCAGACGGCGGUAAGGAUUACACAAGAACAAGACAAACUUGCCAGAGCGUUCCUCAAGACGGAUUUCUCGGAUCGUGAGGGCCCAAUGCUUGCCGCGAAGGCAGUCCUCGAAGACUUGUUGAAACAAGCAGAGUGA